UGCUGAUGCUGAUUCAGGAUGCGGGUGAAGAGAGACGGAGGCUGAUGUGAAAAUGCUGCAGCGUCGAGCAGGACACAAUGAUCCGUGUUCCUCAAACAUCUCGCUUUGAAACCCUCCUGCGGCCAGAGGAGAGCAGGUGAAUGGCAGGAUUGUGUGACGAUCUGGACGGCUGAUGCAGCGUGUAGGAGUCGACUGUGACGAAAACAUGAACGGUGCAGGAGAGCAGGUGGACAUCCUGCCCCAAAACUGCAUGGUCAAAGAGCGCUGGAAAGUGUUAAAGAAGAUUGGAGGUGGGGGAUUUGGGGAGAUCUAUGAAGCGUUGGACUUGUUGACUCGGGAGAACGUGGCUCUGAAGGUGGAGUCAGCACAGCAACCCAAACAAGUACUGAAGAUGGAGGUGGCAGUGCUGAAGAAACUACAGGGGAAAAAUCACGUGUGUAAGUUUAUCGGCUGUGGAAGAAACGAGAAGUUCAAUUAUGUGGUCAUGCAGCUGCAGGGGAGGAACCUUGCUGAUUUGAGACGUAGCCAGCCUCAUGGAACCUUCUCCUUGAGUACCACACUGCGUUUAGGGAAACAGAUCCUGGAGGCCAUCGAAGCCAUUCACUCCGUCGGCUUCCUGCACCGAGACAUCAAACCUUCGAACUUUGCCAUGGGUCGGCUGCCCUCUACAUACAGGAAGUGCUACAUGUUGGACUUCGGGCUCGCUCGUCAGUACACUAACACUAACGGGGAAGUGCGACCUCCGAGGACAGUGGCAGGAUUUCGGGGAACGGUGCGUUACGCUUCAGUCAACGCUCACAAGAACAAAGAAAUGGGACGUCAUGAUGAUCUGUGGUCCUUGUUCUACAUGCUGGUGGAGUUUACAGUGGGACAGUUACCAUGGAGGAAGAUCAAAGACAAAGAGCAGGUUGGUCAGAUUAAAGAGCGUUAUGAACACAAGAUGCUGUUGAAGCACAUGCCAUCUGAGUUUUAUAUUUUUCUGGACCAUGUGAUCAGCCUGGAUUAUUACACCAAACCUGAUUACCAGUUGUUGAUGUCAGUGUUUGAGAACAGCAUGAAGAAGAAAGUGAUUACAGAAAACGAGCCGUUUGAUUGGGAGAAAUCGGGAACUGAUUUGGCGUCAAACAGCAUGGCCACGCCUCCUCAACAAAACACACGGCAGACUGCAGCGAUAGUUGGCGUGGUGAAUGUGACGCCAGUUCCUGGAGAGUUAGCGAGGGAGAACACGGAUGACGUGCUUCAGGAUGAGCACCUGAGUGAUCAGGAAAACGCCCCGCCCGUGCCGUUACCCAUAAGGCCUGGCGAGGUGGCUCUGGUGCCCCCUGGUGGAGAGGCAUGGGAUGACACUGACUUCAAUCGCAACAAACUCAGGAUCAGCAUCAGUAAGACCCAGGUAACUGCAGAGGAGGAGGAGCAAGUGGAAGGGGCGGAGCAUGUUUCUUCAAGACCCGGUGACCAAGAGUCCCCUGGGGCUCAAAUACCACCCCUCAGGUAUCGACGAAUCAACAGCCCUGAAUCUGAUCACCUGACCGGAGCAGACGGGAAGGCAGACUGCUGUGACAGACGCUCCCGGGUGGACAUGAUCGGCUCUCCGUCUCGCCUUGUCUUGUCGUCUCAGCCGGCUCAGAUGUUCUCUGUGGACGGAGGUCACGAGGCUCACAGUAACGCCUUCAUCCGCUCUGUGCCACUGGCUGAGGAAGAGGACUUUGACAGCCGAGAGUGGGUGAUGAUUGACAAGGAGGCGGAGCUUCGUGACUUCCAACCAACCACAUCAGGAACCACAGAUGACGAACCGGAGGAGCUCCGCCCCCUAGAGGACUAUGAAGAAUUAAGGAGGAGAAGGGGCGACCGAGGUAACGAGGUUGUGGUUCGGCCCAAAACACAACGUGGGGUGAUGGGAUUGGCUGCAGGGGAGGAUGAGGCGGGACCAAGUCAACGCCGAAGGGAGUCAGAACCAUUCGGGCCACACAGACAGGAGCCUCUGGAGGUGGAGUCAAAGGUAAAGCGAGUUGACUUCUUGUCCACGGUUCUGAUGUUUGAUGCUCAGAGAGAAACCUCGCGACAUUCAGGAAGUGAUGGAAGCCCAGAUGGCGCUGCCUCCACACUGCUGGCUCCACCUACUCGUGACCAAGAUCAAGAAGAAGCGUCCCGCACGUUGGUGCUCAUAUCCGCUGGUAAUGGGGCCGUUUCCCCUGGCGAUGGUCAGGGCACAUUAGGGGCAGUGACACCACAGGCUCCUGACGAAUCAGAACGCGGAACUCUUGCGUUCAUGUUCAGGCCUGCUGCUAUGGUGACUGCUGCUGUAGUAACAGCUGGGCGCUCUUCAUCACCUCCACUGGCAAAGGUGGAGCGAACAUUCGUGCACAUUGCAGAGACAUCACACCGCAUCGUCAUGACAACAGGGAAACAGUCAGAGAGACAUUGUGAGGAAGAGCAGGAUUUGGUGGAGGAGAGGAAGGAUGGAAGCAUGGGAGAAGACAAAGGAAGCAGCAAGGAGGAGAUCAUCUGGGAAAGAGCAGAGAGACAAGGAGAAAACAGUGAAGAGGGGAAGGAAGUGAAAAAGGAAGUGGAAGGGGAGGAAAAAGAGCCUUGGCUUUUGAGGAAAAAGAUGAUUGAUCUCAAGGAAAAAGAAGGAGGCAGUGAAAGCGAGGAGAGAGAGAAAGAUAAACAGAUAGAAAAAGAAAAAAGCAGUCCUACAGUGGAGGCAGAGCCAGAGCCAUCAGCUGAGUCAGCUUUCUUCAAUGGCUGUGAAGAAACCAUAGAGGUGGAGGAGCGAGAGAAACCUGAAGAGUUACCUGUGGAACUGGAACAGAACCAAGAAAAAGCAGGUCUUGUUCUAGUCACUGAAACGGGGAAGGAGGAGGAGCCAGACCAGGAAGUUUCAUCACAUCAGCCUCAUCCAAGGAGGCGGAGUCGAAUCCCAGUGCUCAUUUCAGAAGAGGAAACCGGUUCGGACCGGUCGUCACAAACCAGUCCAAACCAGCAGGUGCGUAAAUGUCGACGCCCACAACUGGCGCGACUCGUCCUGGAGCGCAAACGAUCCACUCAAUCAACAACCGCCUCCGAGGACGAAACUCACCAAUCAGAUGACUCGGCCAGGGCAAGGGGAGCAAACGGACCAAUAAGGAGCCGGAUCCCACGGCCAGUCACACCCAUUAAAAAGCCGUUUGUCCAAUCAGGGCGUGGGGUGGUGCCUCAGACUCAGAGAUCCAUCUCCUUCAUUCAGGCCAGUUCUGUUAGCUCCAGCAUCAUUAAGUCAGCAAGUGCUCACUCAAGUAUCCAUCAGCAGAAGCCACGCCCACAGCUCCGCCCCUCCAAAACACUCCCACCCCGUCCCCUGACUCCUGCCCCUACAGUCCACAGACCCUGGGUCCCAGGCCCCGCCCCUUCAUCUGCUCCGCGGACAGCCCAGCGUGCCGUCUCCCAACCCGGUGUUCCUCCUGCUCUCCGCAGCAUGAGCUCUGCCCCUCGCGGUAACUCCCGUACGGAGAGCCCCUCCCCACAACGCUUCCGCCCUGCUAACACACGCCCUCUUUCAACAACACAGCCUAAAUCCACAGCCCUGGACUCCGCUCACAAAAAGGGCAAAUCUUACCCGACGAAAGCGCAAAAAGGGAAAAUGGAGUCAUGCGACCCAAAAUAUAAAAGCAGAUAAUUACUGUAAAUGUAAAUCCACAAGCAUUUCACCUUCGACUCCACUCAACUCUCCUCAUUCUCUUCCUCAUUAAUGACACGCCUACGAUGGUCACUCUCACUUACCUGUACAGUUCCAUCAAAAAGUCUGAGUCCAACACUAACCACGCCUUCUUCACUUCCUGAUUGACUUACACAACACACAGAGUGCAGAUUCACUGACAUCCACACACACAUCACUACAUCACUUACUCCGGUGUUCACCUGCUGCUGGGGUUCAGAGUUCUGCAGCCGCUCAUAUUCACAUUUGUAUCAUCACCUUAGAGGUGUUCACUGAGUAUAACAGCUUAACUGAGACACUCCCUGUUUUAGACAAACUCCGCCCCCAUGUGUGUAAAUCCCAUCAACCUUCUGAAGUGAGAUACAGGAUGAUUUAGAUUUCAGUGAACUGUUAAAGUGUUCGUGGACUCAGACUUUUAGACCUGACUGUGUGAUACACAUCUAUUUCUCACUAAACACAACAGACACAUUCAUAUUUCAGCUAUUUAAAUACCUCUGAACAGGACAUACAUACACACACACACACACACACACACACACACACACAAUAUGAUGUUCUGGUGGAGUGGGUCUUAUGGACAAUAUAACACACCUCACCUCACCUGCCUUAACAAAGCCUGUGGAGAGAUGCCAUCUCACAACACACACACAAUGCUCCAAUACACACAGCUACAAUCCACACACAUUCUUAAAGAAUCGCACACACCUGCGUGAGCUCCAUAAAGCUCCAUGAUUAAUUAACUGGACUUGUGUGACAUCACUUGCUGCUUUGCUUGCCAUUUUACUCUAACACACACACACAAACACACACACACAAACACACACAUACAAACACACACAUACAGAAACACACACACACACAAACACACACACAUACACACACAGGAGUGUUCAUGUACAUGUUUAUGGAAUAAUAGAAUAUGAGAGGUUUAAAUUGGGAUUUGCAACAGGGCACAAAACUGUUGACAGUUGAGCUACAUCAAUAGUAAUAAUAAUAAUAAUAAUAAUAAUAAUAAUAAUAAUAAUAAUAAUAAUAAUAAUAAUAAUUCUUAUGUCUCAAGCACAAGUUUGUAAAAAAUCUGUAGCAAAUAUUUUAUUUUGAUCUUAAACCCACAGCCUGAUGACAGAAAUAAACCAGCACAAUGAGCUCACUGUCAGAAAAAAACUUCUCAGAGCUUCUGUGGAUCAUUAACAGUUCUGUUCUGAUGGGAAACCCUCUGUUUUAGGGUCCUACAGAGAACAUUGUCACGUUCCCCAGAAAAACAAACUGAAAACUGAUUUAUAUUUCCAGAUUUAAUUUUUUUUAUUUAAAAUUAUUAUUUAAAAAAACAUAAUAAUAAACCGCAUGUAAUUAUUAUUAUUAUUAUUAUUAUUAUUAUUAUAAUUAUUAUUAUUAUAAUUAUUAUUAUUAUUAUUAUUAUUAUUAUUAUGAUGUUCUGUGCUCGUGCUCCUCCAUCAGGCCUUUAGAACUCACUGAUCUGCAGCUCUUUAUUAGUUUAGUGUGAUUUCUCCCAUCAUCCAUCCCUCAGGUGACAGACGCUCAGCUGCCAUUAAGUCUGAGUGAGAAAGUUAAUCUGGAACUAUAAAUUUAUUUAAAUAUUUUAUUGUAACUUAUUAUUCUUUACAAUAAUUCUUAUAUUCUUUAUAUCUUCUCCAGACGGCUCCAUGAUCAUCAGCUGAUAUCAAAACACAUCUCUUAUAGAUUUCAUUAAAAUCUCACUUACUUUUUUUUACUGAAGAACACAAAAUGUAUGUACAUUAUAAAUAUAAUAAAUAUAGUAUUACAUUAAACAUCUUCCUUAUCCUGGACAAAUAAUGGUGUAAUAACACAAGGGUGCACAAACUUUUCACCCAGAUGAAUGUUAUAAAGUUCCUCACUGUUUUAAACUCUACUCUAAAUAUUUCAGCUUAUUUUGUGAUUUCUGUUCCACUGUGGUUAGCACGUUCGCCUCACACCUCCAGGGUUGGGGGUUCGAUUCCCACCUCCACCUUGUGUGUGUGGAGUUUGCAUGUUCUCCCCGUGCCUCGGGGGUUUCCUCCGGGUACUCCGGUUUCCUCCCCUGGUCCAAAAAUAUGCAUGGUAGGUUGAUUGGCAUCUCUGGAAAAUUGUCCGUAGUGUGUGAUUGUGUGAGUGAAUGAGAGUGUGUGUGUGUGCCCUGCGAUGGGUUGGCACUCCGUCCAGGGGGUAUCCUGCCUUGAUGCCCGAUGACGCCCGUGACCUGAGGUAGUUCAGAUAAGCGGUAGAUUAAUGAAUGAAUGUUCUACUGAGACUCUGGAUGCAGUUGAGGAAACAGUGAACAGGUAGAAAUCUGUCUCUUUAUAUCACUAAACUCAAACAUUAUCACAAAAUCCUGCUUCAUUUCGCUGAUUCUGUUUAAUACAAACACAAAGACACUGAUCAAUGUGCUCCUACUGUGUUAAACCACAGACCAUAUAAUCAGUUCUACUUCUGUUCCGAAGCUCUGUGAACAUAUUCUACACCUUUAAUGUGAAUAAAUAAAUAAAGUGUUAAAAUGAUUAAAGUGAAUACAGAUAAAUUCUCAUCAGGUGACAUAAAACUUCCUGAACUGUGCAGCGCUCAUGGAGGUGUUAUAAAGGCCUAAUGUAGGUGCAUUUCAAAUAGAGUUUCUGCUGCUCAUGUAGACUCCUGAAUUAUUCUAUAAACAUGUCAUAUAAACAUACAGUGUUUAUAUAAGUGUUAGAGAAGAAAUGAACACGAUGAAACCCUCAAAACAGCUCAAAGACAAAACUACUGAACUUUAUCAUCAUCAUCACUCAGUGUCUGUUACUACAACCUGCAUUCAGGGAGAAUAACACACACACACACACACAUACACACACAUACGAACACAUACACACACAGACAUGCACACACAUACACCUACACACAAACACACACAUACACCUACACACACAAACACACACAUACACCCACACACACAAACACACACAUAUACACUCACACACACAUACACCUACACACAAACACACACAUACACCCACACACAAAAUCCUUUAAGUCUUUGACCUUCAUUCAGUCCAAUUUGGAAGCCCUUACACAGAGAAGUGAAAUUCUCUCAACUGAAGUGACGUGAAUCCAGAAUCAGAACAUCUGAGGAACCGAGUCGCUCUCUGGACCAGACAUGUGCUGAUAUUAAACCUCAUGAUUAUUAAUGAACUUUUAUUACAGGUUUGAAUAAUAUCCUGAAUUUAUAAUGAACAGCUGACAGAAAAGUCUUACACAAUAUUUAUCCAUGAUGAUGAUGAUGAUGAUGAUGAGUUAAAUAUCUCAUUAUCUGUAGUAUUCCUCAGCACAUGGCUGCACUCCUAAAUUAACUUUCGACCUCAAAUCUAUUACUCACUACCGCCCUUAUAUAGUCUCUUUUAAGCCCUGCCCUUUAUCCAUAAAACUCUAUCUUAUUUCCCCACUUAUUAACGCCCCCUCUGAUUGGUCGAUAGUGCCCGACUCCUCCCUCUUGGCAUGCCUUUGAAAAUGCUCGUUUUGCUCCUUCUGUUAUCAUCUGUUGAAAAUAUGUAGAUAAUACACGCACUUUUCAAGACAAAUUUAUAUUUAUUUUUGUUUACGAAAGGAAGAAAAGGCUGUAAUAUAACAAUAAGAAAAUAGUGUUAAUUUUUGUCUGUUUUUGUUAUAAAGUACUUAUUAAAUGUCAGUCAGAUGUCAGUGGUGAGCUUCAUCAGAAAUAAAAUGGUUUCAGAGCUGAAGGAGAUAAAGUUAAGGAUGUGUGAAGGUUUUCUCUAUUAAAACUGAAAUAGAGAAUGGAAGCUCCACAUUCUGUUGAUAUGAUGAUGAUGAUGAUGAUGAUGGUGAUGAUGAUGAAGGCAAUUAUGUGUCCUGAACACGUACAACACAUUUCUUUGACGUUAUAUUAAAUCCUGAGCGAGAGCUUCUCAUUAGACGGUUCCUCGGGUUUUGAUGCAGAACAUUUGCAUGCUGUAGGACUUGAGUGGAAGACGGAGAAUAAUUCCAGAAUGAAGGGAAGAUGUUCUCACUUUAAAGAUCACUUUAUGUUUCCACCACGAGGGAAUCCUGCAUGCGUGUGAUGUUCAUCGUUUAACGCUUCUCUUCUUCCUCAUUUCUGAUGAGUUUCCCAAUGAUCAGCGAUGCCUAUCAAUAAACAGGAGCCACAGCAGUGUUCUGACGUACGCCUCGCCUCUGUUUACUCACCUCAAAACAA